CGGCGCGUCACUUCCGGUGCCUGGCGGCCGCCGGAGCGGAGCGAGGCCGGGCCGGGCCGGGCCCGGGGCCAUGGAGUCCUCGACCUUUUGCCCAUCCAGCCUUCUCCAAGGUGAUGACUCCUGCCUCCUGAGACGUUGGAAAACCUAGUUUGGAAGAAGAGUAACGAUACAGUUGAUGCUGAACUACGUGAGUCCUCAGAGCCAAGGAUGAAGCGGCGAGCAUCAGACAGAGGAGCUGGGGAAACAUCCGCUAAAGCAAAGGCUCUGUGCGCGGGGAUUUCUGGGAAUAACGCCAAGAGAGCAGGUCCUUUCAUCCUGGGUCCACGUUUAGGUAACUCCCCUGUGCCAAGUAUUGUUCAAUGUUUGGCAAGAAAGGACGGGACAGAUGACUUUUAUCAGCUGAAGAUUCUCACCUUAGAAGAAAGAGGUGAUAAAGGAAUAGAAACCCAGGAGGAGCGACAGGGCAAGAUGCUGCUGCACACGGAGUAUUCUCUUCUUUCCCUGCUCCACAACCAGGAAGGAGUGGUCCAUCAUCACGGGCUCUUCCAGGACCGAGCUUGUGAAAUCAUAGAGGAUCUCGAAGCCAACAGGAUGGUCAGAAAGAUGAAGAAACGCAUUUGCCUGGUGUUGGACUGCCUCUGUGCUCAUGAUUUCAGUGACAAAACAGCAGAUCUGAUCAAUCUGCAGCAUUAUGUCAUUAAAGAGAAGAGACUCAGCGAGAGGGAGACUGUGGUGAUAUUUUAUGAUGUGGUACGAGUGGUAGAAGCAUUACACAAGAAAAAUAUUGUGCACAGAGACUUGAAACUAGGAAACAUGGUGCUAAACAAAAGGACUCACCGGAUCACCAUCACCAACUUCUGCCUGGGGAAGCACCUGGUGAGCGAGGAUGACCUGCUGAAGGACCAGCGUGGGAGCCCUGCCUAUAUCAGCCCAGAUGUGCUCAGUGGCCGGCCGUACCGUGGGAAGCCCAGCGACAUGUGGGCACUGGGGGUGGUGCUGUUCACCAUGCUCUAUGGCCAGUUCCCCUUCUACGACAGCAUACCUCAGGAGCUCUUCCGCAAAAUCAAGGCUGCCGAGUACACCAUCCCUGAGGAUGGCCGGGUCUCAGAAAACACUGUGUGCUUGAUCCGGAAACUGCUGGUCCUGGACCCACAGCAGCGGCUGACGGCUUCUGAAGUGCUGGAUUCCCUCAGCUCCAUCAUAGCGUCCUGGCAGUCCAUGUCCUCGCUGAGUGGCCCUUUGCAAGUGGUGCCGGACAUAGAUGACCAAGUGGCUAAUCCUGAAAACCCUCAGGAGGUGAAGGUGACGGAGGAGUGCUCCCAGUACGAGUUUGAGAACUACAUGAGGCAGCAGCUGCUCUUGGCUGAGGAGAAGAACACCUUGCAUGAGGCCAAGAGCUUCCUGCAGAAGCGGCAGUUCGGGAACAUCCCGCCGGUGCGGCGCCUGGGCCACGACGCGCAGCCCAUGAACCCUUUGGACGCGGCCAUCCUGGCCCAGAGGUACCUCCGGAAGUAGCUUCCCAUGCCCCAAGAGCACGAGCACCACCCUGCAGUCUGCCCUCACCUCCCCUGCUCCAGCCUACAGCAAUACCGCUGUCCCACGACGGGGAAUAAUGUAGCAAUCCCAAGCUCUGUCCAGGGACAUGCACUCACACCUGCUCCGGAGGGAGAAGACUUUUGGAAAAGCUAGUUUUGGAAGCAGCAACCUCUUGGCAUCUUCUGGAAUCUGUUUUUUAAAAUCGAAGCCUAGAUGACUAAUCUGCUUUUAAUCAUGACUGUAAUCUACCUCUCUUGUCUUUUUAACCAUGCUGUUCUCUGGAUCGAGCAAAGCCCGUGGGAAAGGAGGAGACUUCCAAGGGUGAAGCUGCUGGCACAGAGCCGUGGCCGUGCAGCGCGGAGCUGGCCCGUGGCACCCGCUCCAUGUGGUUUGAAUAAGCUUGGAUUUAUCAGGGUUUCUAGAAAGGCAGAAUUUCUUGAAACCUCCCACUUCCCUUCAUCUGCAUCAAAUCUGUUUCUAUCCUUGUGUGCCACCUGGUCUGGCCGUGCUGGCCAGUCCUGUGGGGCCGCUGCUGUGACCAGAGAGCCUGGCCACCACCUCAGGCAGGAGUUGAGGAGUCGUCUGGGCCUGCAGGGAUCAGAUCCUGUCCCCACUUCAAAGGUUUCACAGGACUUGGCCUGCCAGGGCCCCUGCCCCCUCUCCCACCUCUCACUGAUUCCUUUAGUUUAUAAGGAUCUAUGAUUUAAUCUUAUUUUUCAGUAGCAUAUCCCAGGUGCAGUUACAGUUGCAUUAAUUCUGAUUUAGUGUUUCCCCCCUCAGUUGUGGUACAGAUGUAAUAUAUGAGUUAUAAUGUGAAAAGCUUCCCAAAAUAAUCCGCCUAGAGAUAGGAGGGGCUGGCUGAAGUCUCUACUGUAUUUGUUCCCAGCUUUUCUUGCCAUCCCAGUCCAAACCUGGGGCUGCCUCUGCCCUCAUGCCAAGACAGGGGAGGGACAUCCUGGUUUGUCACCUCGUACCUCUGGAAGAGCUUUGGCCUGUGCUGAGAACAGCAACGAUUGUUUCUGAGCCUCAUUUAUGAACUGGAUGCCUGUCUUGCCAGAUGAACUGUUCUCACACAGAGCUCCCAGGGCUCCCAGUGCCCUGGCCAGGGCUCCUGCUCAAGGCAGCACCUUCUUCAGCUGCCUCCUUCCCUGCCUCUGGCUGCUCCCAGCCCUGGCAUCACCCUCCUGCCAGCCCUGUGAGCAGGGAGGGUCGGAGCUGGAGGGGCUGCCCUGCUCUCUGGGUUCGGAUCUUGCAGCACAGUGGGUGUGGGCAGGGAGUGAGUGGCAGAUGUUUGUAGCGUGUUGUUGCCUUUUCUUGCCCCGGGCUGGGGAAGGGGACGGGGUCUAAGCUGGGCCACCCCAACAGUGGCUUUGUGGGACAGGGGGCUGGAUCUGAACCUCCCUGGCCACGUCGGGCAUUACGUGCUGCCUGCACCUCGCCAAGGCCCUGUGGCCAGGCAGGGCCUCGUGAACACUAACACAGCCCAGCUCCCUGCUCCACCCCAGCUGAGCCAGUAGCCCCAACUCUUUCGCCUUAUUUAUUUUGAAGAUGGUGGGUCUGUCCCGUGGGCCCACCACCCCCUGUGCCACCAGCAGCAGGGCAGGGAUCCCCUGAGCACCCUACCAGGGCCCUGUUCUCUCCUCCUGGUUCUCCUGCCUCAUUCCCUGUUUAUUUUUACUGGUUUUUUCCCCAAUGUUAAAGCAAAAAGCAAUAUUCUGGGACUCCUAGAGGCUGUAUCACACCAGGAUCUUGCAGUGGCAGCACCAGUCAAUCCACUUGUGCUAAGGCAAACUGGAAGGGGGUGGUACAGGGGGCAUGGGGGGCACAGGGCCACGGCGGGACAGAGCCUGUUGUAAGGAAAAAAUGAAAAAAGAAAAAAAAAAGAGGAAAAAACUUUGUAUAAAGACGUUAUUUUUGUACUACAUCGAAACUACUCCUGCAUGUCGGCAAUAAAACUUCAUACGACA